AUGGAUUGGCCAGGGGGUGGUCAUAAGCAGACAAGAGACCGUCAGUCCAGGCCGAUUCAGUGGUGGCCUUCAUCGGAGGCAGAGAUUCUUAUGAUAGGCGGUCACCUUCAAGGCCUUUUCAGUCCAGCCCUUCCAGGUCUCAGUGCGCCGCGCUCAAGAGUUUCGGUGGUGGUCAUUCGUGACAAGGGCCAGAAUCAGGCAGCAGAGGGCUUUUUUUAUUGUGGCGAACAACGAGGCAAUUUGCUAGUUAUUGCCGUCUCGAGCUCGAGCAUUCUUAGCAGCAGGCCCCGUCCUAUGAUUCAGAUUGAAGUUGCAAUGAAUUUUCUGAAAUUUUACAACAAAGUACCAAAAAUAAGUUCGGCGUCUCAAAAUGCCGAUCAAUCAGAGUUUCCCUCGCAUUCUUCUCUAAGACAAGAAAUUGAUACAAUUGCUCCACAAUCCGACCCAGCUGAAAGAACUCCAAUAUUGGAGUAUCAUCCAAACCAUCGCGAUGAAAUAAGGAGGGCAUACAUUCAAGGUGGUGCUUGCCAACCUCGAUAUCAUGACUUCCCUCAAUCUCACUUUUCUGGAUUUAUGCGUCUUUUUAAUCCUCUAUGGUUUGAUGAAUUUAAUUGGUUGGAGUAUAGUGUAAGUACCGAUGCUGCAUAUUGUUUACCUUGUUAUUUAUUUAAGGGCGAAAGUAUUCAGCAAGGUGGUGGUGAUGUUUUUUCGAGUAAAGGGUUUAGGAAUUGGAACAAAAAAGAAUGUUUUAAGAAACAUGUUGGUUUGCCAAAUAGUAUUCACAACAAAGCAAAUAGAAAUUGUGAUGAUCUAAUGCAGCAAAAACAGUCUAUUAUUGCUGCAUUUGACAAACAGUCUGAUCAAACUAAGCGUGAGUAUUGGCUUCGCUUAAAUGCUUCAGUUGAUGUGGUAAGGAUUCUUUUGACUCAAGGAUUUGCUUUUCGCGGUCAUGAUGAAAGUGAAACGUCAUUGAACAAAGGUAAUUUUAUUGAAAUUCUUUCAUGGUAUGCGGCUAAAUAUGACAAGAUUGAACCCUUUGUGUUGAAACAUGCUCCAAAAAACAAUAAGAUGACUUCUUCAGAUAUUCAAAAAGAAAUUGUGACUGCAUGUAAGAUAGAAACUAUUAAGGCUAUCAUAGAGGAUCUAAAUGGUGACUACUUUGCUUUAUUAGUUGAUGAGUCUUUAGAUGUGUCACGCAAAGAGCAAAUGGCUAUUGUUUUACGGUAUGUCGAUAAAAAAGGAAGUGUGAUGGAGAGGUUUAUUGGCAUGGUUCAUGUUCGAGAUACUAGUGCUUUAUCUCUAAAGAAAGUAAUUGUCGAUGUACUUGUUCAUCAUUCUUUAAGUUUAUCUUCUAUACGCGGACAAUGUUAUGAUGGGGCAAGCAAUAUGCAAGGUGAUAUUAAAGGUCUUAAGAAGUUGAUUAAACAAGAAAGUAGAUCGGCUCAUUCUAUUCAUUGUUUUGCACAUCGACUUCAAUUGACUCUAGUUGCGGUUUCUAAGAAGUGUGUUCAAGUAGGUGAACUUGUAUUAUUGGUUUCAAAUAUUUUGAAUGUGUUGGGAGCUUCUUUUAAACGUAUGGAUGAAUUUAGAGGUUCUCAAAAAGAAAAACUCCAAGAGGCAUUAGAUAUGGGUGAACUAAAAACAGGUAAAGGCUUGAAUCAAGAACUCGGUCUUGUUAGAGCUGGGGAUACUCGUUGGGGAUCUCACUACAAGUCGUUUGAAAACUUUAUUCGUAUGUUUGGCUCUAUUGUUGAUGUUCUUGACACACUUGUUGAAGAUGCAGGUACUUUAGAUGAUAGAGCUAAGGCAUCAGGGUAUCUCGAAGCUUGUCAAACAUAUAAAGUUGCUUUCUUGUUGCAUUUAAUGACAGAUAUUUUGGGGAUCACAAAUGAGCUGAAUGUAUCCUUACAAAAAAAAGAGCAAGAUAUUGCAAAUGCCAUGCUACUUGUUCAACAUGAUAUUUUGGUGCCUAAUUUUGAUGAUCUAUAUGUUAACUCUGGAAGAUCAUGGCGAAAACCUGCUGCUUAUACUGUCUUUCAUCAUUAUCGUGUUGAUGUGUUUUGUAAAGUUCUUGAUUGGCAAGUUCAAGAACUUAAUGAUCGUUUUGACGAAGUGACGACUGAGUUGCUUCAUGGAUUUGCUUGUUUGAAUCCAAUUGACGCAUUUUCAAGUUUUGAUAUCAGAAAAAUAAUGAAGAUGGCUGAAUUGUAUCCUGAUGACUUUGAUGAAUUUAGGAUGAAUGCUCUUGAGAAUCAACUUGCGAGUUACAUUAUUGAUGUUCUGAAACUUGCGUUGCUUCUUCCUGUUGCCACUGCAACCGUUGAAAGAGCUUUCUCAGCAAUGAAGUUUAUCAAGAAUGACUUGCGGAAUCGAAUGGAUGAUGACUUUUUAGGCGGUUGCAUAGUGCCUUAUGUAGAAAUAGAAUAUUUAAGAAGACGUCGAGAAAAGAAGAUUAAUGACUGCUCCCGGAGUACAGCUGCAUCUUCCCAAUGA